UUAGCGGGCCGGGAAAGGCCCGGUAACAAAGGGGUGCGCCCAGGGGAGGGGGGAGCUGGUGCACAGGGGCGGCCCGAGGGGGUCUGAACGCAGGGCGGGUUGCGGUGGUGAAGCGUUACGUGCUGGAGAGUGUUUAACUGAGCAAAAGCUCUCGCAGUUAUCUCCGAGGUCCUUCCCCGCUUCCCCACAAGUACAACUUCAUGUCACGAGUGAGCCUGCCAAAGGAGGGCUCUUCUCCAGUUGACAUCUGGGCUGCCAGUGUGCAAAGCGGUCGUCUAAAGUCACUCCGACAAGGCACUCGAAAGGAAACACAGGCUGGAAAAGGGCUGGGCAGAUUUAAAGUGGGAGAGAAGGAACAGUGGGCCUUCUGUAGGAGAGGGGAUGAGGCAGCGUUUGCUGCUCUGGAACAGGAGAUCCAACACAGGGAAGCAAGAGGGAGCAACCAUGGGUCACACUGCGUGCGGGCGGCGUCGCCUUGCUCCUUUCUGUAAGCGCAAACACCCAGGUGAGCACCUUGCACAGAAAAGGGCUCUGUCGAUGCAAGGCAGGUCUGUCCUAGACCCCAUCCUGGGGCAGGCCUCCUGCUUUGCCCUCACUGAGCCCCCCAUGGCCCCUCCUGGGUGCUCUGUGGGCCGGGAGCUGUGGUGUCAGCCGGGAGGCAGAGGAAGCUGGCAGCCGUCCCGGGGCUGCUCCAUAGAAGGAGAUGGGCUAGCUGCGUGAGGUCAUCGCUUCUCCGGGAGGAGGCUUUCUCCAGCGAGAGGGAAGUGGGUCUCGCAGAAGGAAAGGGGAUCCUGCUGCCCUGGCGAAGGAGGAGCCGCAAGAGCAGAGCUGGAGCUUGUUCCUGCAGGAAGUAAACUGACCGUGCGCUCUUAUCGUGAGAUAAAGAAAGCUGUCCACUUUGUGCUGCUUAAUUACAGUUUUCGUGUGCUUGCAUGAUAAAAGUGGAUUUAAUAAUCCUCCCCCAAUGAAGUUUUUUUGUGCAGGAGAGAAAGAAGUGGUUGAGUAUUCAGCGUUUUAUUAAGGAGUCCAAGGGAUUUAAAAUACCGUGUAUGCAAGGACGCUUGUUUCUGCUGUGUAACACUUGCAUUAGGUAGCUGCAGCAUCUUUGGAACGAUUUGGUUUGGAAACUUUUAUAGUGAAUCGCUGGAACUCUUAGCUUUGUUUCCAGGGUUCGAGAGAAGAUGGUUACCUUUAUUUUUAAGAGCUGCAUCUGUAGUGGAUCAUAAUGUACAGGAAGUUGUGGAAGUACUUAAAAAGCAUCAAGGGUGUAUCUAAAAUGCCUUUUUUUCCUCCUUUUUCACUUUUUUCUUUUUAGGACAGCUUCUUGUGAUAGGGAAUUUGGAUUCCCAUCGUUAUAUUUCAGGGCAUGACUGUAAUUUGUUUUUCAAAAAUAGUUUCACCAAGUUUAAAUGCAGAGUUCAGGUUGGUUUCAAGUGCAGUGAGUCUAAAGCAAUAAAGAUUUUGUAAGCCCUGGGUGUUCCCUUGGGUGAUGAUAAAUUCCCAAUAAAUUUGCACUUAGUGCUGUUACUAACCCGAGUGACCGAGUAUGUACCUCAUAACAUCCUUCUUCUCCUUUGGAUCUCAGAUCUGUUUUCUGUACAGUCACCGGUUUCCUUUGCAGAGCUGCCUUUCUGCACACGCUGAAGGGAAGGUGCCAGGUGGUUUAACUGUGAUUUCCAACUUUCUUUCCCACAUCUGAGCCUGUUGCUGACUGGCACGCUGCGCACGUAUGAGUGGUGCGGCUGUGCGCAGGGACAGCUCUCCGUGCUCAUAGCUGCCCAGUGAUUCGGUGACUGUUCUCUUGCCAGUGGUCCUCUUUUCUCAGAAUUCCUUGUCUUCAAAACGGGUUAGUCAGCUUGUAUGAGCAUAGACGUGAGUAAGAAACCAGAACUAUGGUGUGAACUUGCACCUUGAGCAGCCAGGGCAUUUUGUUAGGCUUUCUGAUGCGAUCCCUCUUCUUUUCUGCUGAGGGGAGAGCUACCGCUUGGGCCAGAUCUCGCACUUAGGUUCGUGUUUGCCUGAAAGUGGCACAACAGUAGUAGUUACGUACUGUGAGAUGUUUCUGUGACACCUCUGUAUAGCGACAGUGACGUGAAACUUUCAACUGCUAAAGGAAAAAUAAAAAUAAUGCUGCCCGUGUACUCAGUCUGCCAUUUAGGUAUGCUUUACAGUGUUGCUUUCAUGAUAAUGUAAUCCAUUUGGAACCCCAGUCUCAUUAGCUGUCAGUAAUGAAAAUACUUAAUGAGUAACUGCGUAAUAGUUUAUAAUGUGUUAUGCAUUUGUCUGUAUGGUGUUCAGAUCUUGAUCUGAAAACUGUCCUUUCACAAGGUCUCUUGUAAUAUUCAUCAUUAAAUAUCAGUGCCUCCCAAACUUUAUUUCAUAUUAUGGCUUUGGAAAUUAUUUAUUUAAACAGAAAGAGCUGAGGCAUUAAGAAAUUAAGCCUAAGCAUCAAAAUAAAUUACCAGAAUUAAGACCAAAUGAAAAAUCAAUUACCUUCUAAGUAGGAGCAACGUGUGAAAAGUUUGUGAAUUGUUUAGCAUUACGUAAGAACUCUUCAGCAGAAGCAGAAAUGGAAUCCAGGGUAGUAUUAAAGUGCAUUAAUCAUGAGUCCUUUGUUCCCUGAAUUGCCUGUUUAGAAACUGGGAGACGUAAAAUUACAGCAAUGGGUGUGAUGGAUUUGUGAAGAUGAGCCCCUCUGACAGAAUGCUGAAUCAUCCCCGGAGCACUCCAUCCUUUGUAAUAAAUGAGUCAGGCGUUUAUGGAGAAAAGCACUGUGGAAGUAAUUACACGAUCACAUAAUGCAUAUUCCAAAGAGGGUGGCAUUUAGGUUUUCAUCCUCAAUUUGGAGCAUCUGACUUCCUAGUGCAUUCUGCUUUGAAAUGUUUGAGUGUAAGAUAGUAUCCCACAGUACCUGUGUCACAAAUAAGUUUGGGGAGUUCCAGAUAAAGGGAGCAGCGAAAUAAGGUGGCUAAGUUUUAAAAAUGUGACAGCUUGAAUAAUUAUACCAAACACUGUGAAUAAAGCUGGUACCCUCUGAAAGGAAACCUGCCCACGGCUGAUGGGAUUGUUUGCUCCAGGCUCUGCUCCAUGCAGUAUGGAUGCACACUGCAGCAGAUUUGUGUCCCGUGCAGAACAAUCUUCCAGAAGUAUCCCUGUGUGCAUGUGUCCUCAAAUAACUCCCAGAAAGUGAAAGUAUAUUCCUGAAAGUGAAAAUCAGAAGAAGUAGCUGCUGAGAUAUAGAGAAGUAUAUUAAGGAUCAUUUGUUGGGGAAACUUUUUAAGAUGUGGUGAAGAGCCUAUAUUUUCACCCGUGCGGUAUAUAGUGCCUUAAAAAUGGGGUUUGGAAGUGACCUGAAGUAUUCUCAUGAUGCUUUAUUAAAACUGCAAGACUGGGAACUACGACUGCUGGAAACGGUGAAGAAAUUUAUGGUCAUGCGUGUAAAAAGUGAUAAAGAGUAUGCCUCCACUUUACAGAAUCUUUGUAAUCAAGUAGAUAAAGAAAGCACUUGCCAAUUGGAUUAUAUCAGCAACGUGUCCAAGUCUUGGUUGCUUGUCGUACAACAAACAGAACAGCUGAGCAAAAUAAUGAAGACACAUGCAGAGGAUCUUAAUUCUGGGCCUUUGCAUAGGCUUACAAUGAUGAUCAAAGAUAAGCAGCAAGUGAAGAAGAGUUACCUAGGUGUUCAUCAACAAAUUGAAGCAGAGAUGUACAAGGUCACAAAGACAGAACUAGAGAAACUAAAAUCUAGCUAUAGACAACUAAUAAAAGAAGUAAAUUCUGCCAAAGAAAAGUAUAAAGAAGCUGUGGCUAAAGGAAAGGAGACUGAGAAAGCCAAAGAUCGGUGUGAUAAAGCCACUAUGAAGCUUCAUAUGUUGCAUAAUCAAUAUGUGUUGGCACUGAAAGGAGCACAGUUACAUCAGCACCAAUAUUAUGAUACUACGCUUCCUCUGUUACUUGAUUCACUACAGAAAAUGCAAGAAGAAAUGAUUAAAGCCCUAAAAGGAAUCUUGGAUGAGUAUAGCCAGAUCACCAGUCUUGUUACGGAAGAGAUUGUGAAUGUCCAUAAAGAGAUCCAGACCUCGGUUGAACAGAUAGACCCCAAUUCUGAGUAUAAUGACUUCGUAGAUACUCAUAGGUCAUCAGAAGUUGUUGAACAAGAAAUAGAGUUUGAUACGUCUUUAUUAGAAGAAAACGAAAACCUUCAAGCUAAUGAGAUCAUGUGGAAUAAUCUAACAGCAGAAAGUUUACAAGUCACGUUAAAAACAGUAAUAGAAGAACUGAUGCAAACACAGCAAACGCUUUUGAGCAAAGAGGAACUUGUGUUGGAACUAGAGAAAAAAAUAGAAGAGUCCUCUAAGACUUGUGAAAAGAAGUCAGAUAUUGUUCUUUUGUUGAGCCAAAAGCAAGCACUGGAAGAACUUAAGCAAACAGUUCAGCAAUUAAGAUGCUCUGAGGCAAAAUUUGCAGCCCAGAAAGAACUACUGGAACAAAAGGUUCAAGAGAAUGAUGGGAAAGAACCACCACCUGUAGUGAAUUAUGAAGAAGAUGCCAGAUCAGUCACUUCUAUGGACAAGAAAGACAAAGUCUCAAGAUUUGACACUAUACGUCAUUCCAUAGCUGGAAUUAUAAGGUCUCCAAAAUCCAUGCUGGGCUCAUCGUCAUUCUUUGACGUAAUAUCAACCACUGAGAAACCAUUGGCAGAGCAAGACUGGUAUCAUGGUGCAAUUCCAAGAAUAGAAGCCCAGGAGCUGUUAAAACAGCAAGGAGACUUCUUGGUGCGAGAGAGCAACGGGAAACCUGGUGAAUAUGUCCUUUCUGUGUUUUCAGAUGGACAACGGAGACACUUUAUCAUACAAUAUGCUGAUAAUCAGUAUCGUUUUGAAGGAACUGGGUUUCCAACUAUUCCUCAACUCAUAGAACAUCAUUAUACAACAAAGCAAGUUAUUACAAAGAAAUCAGGUGUUGUUCUGCUGAAUCCUGUUGUUAAGGAUAAGAAAUGGGUUCUCAAUCAUGAAGAUGUCACAUUGGGAGAAUUACUGGGCAAAGGUAAUUUUGGUGAGGUAUAUAAGGGAACGUUAAAGGAUAAAACUCCUGUUGCUGUAAAAACUUGUAAAGAAGAUCUUCCUCAGGAACUGAAAAUAAAAUUUCUGUCAGAAGCCAGAAUACUCAAACAGUAUGAUCAUCCUAAUAUUGUAAAACUUAUAGGAGUUUGCACACAACGACAACCUAUUUAUAUUGUUAUGGAACUUGUUCCAGGAGGUGAUUUCCUGUCCUUUUUAAGAAAAAAGAAGGAUGAACUGAAGACGAAACAGUUAGUGAAAUUUUCAUUAGAUGCUGCUUCUGGUAUGGCAUAUCUCGAAUCUAAAAAUUGUAUACACAGAGACCUGGCUGCAAGGAACUGCCUGGUAGGUGAAAACAACAUAUUGAAAAUAAGCGAUUUUGGAAUGUCUCGUCAAGAAGAUGAUGGAGUAUAUUCAUCAUCAGGCUUAAAGCAGAUUCCCAUCAAGUGGACUGCCCCAGAAGCCCUCAACUACGGGAGAUAUACAUCUGAGAGUGAUGUAUGGAGCUUUGGAAUCCUCCUGUGGGAGACCUUCAGUUUAGGAGUAUGCCCAUACCCUGGAAUGACCAAUCAACAAGCACGAGAACAAGUCGAGAAAGGUUACCGAAUGUCAACUCCGCAAAAAUGUCCAGAAGAAAUAUAUAAAAUAAUGCAGAGGUGCUGGGACUACAAACCAGAAAACCGUCCAAAAUUCAGUGAGAUUCAGAAAGAGCUAUCUUCAAUCAAAAAGAAAGUGACAUAGUGAUGUACUGGUGCCAAACUCAAUGUGUGGGACUUUAUUUUCCAGCAAAGUAUUUUUUCCCCUCAAACACUAUGCGUUUAUACAACAUUAUUUGCAAUAUUCUUCUAGGAUUACUUUGAAAUUAACUGUUUUUUUUAUAUACAUGUGUGCCAUCUUGAACGAUGUCUACACCUGCAUUAAAGACGUAUACUGCCAAAUGCUAUAUAUCCAGUCACAGUAAUAUUGUCAUUUAGGUUACAUGUAAAUAGGAAAGCACAUACUAUAGAUUUAAGGGACUGUGGCUUUUAUGUGUUUUACAGCAAGUAACUGCUAGUGACAUUUUUCACAGUUUUUCUACUUAACGCUGUGUUCUCACUCUGCUAUCCCUGUCACAGAUGUCAACACCAGCGGCACUCUAACAUGGUGACUGUGUCAUGCAUGUUGGCCUUAAAAUUGAAGACAGUUGUGACAAGUAUUUCAACUAGAAACUUUUAUAUUUUUCAAAUUCUUUCUGCAACUGAUAUUUUUAAAUGACAGUUUGUUUCAACAAUAAAGGUCAGUUAGGUUCUGGAUAUAAGUCUGCUUACUAAACAGUGAAAUCCAGAAUUUUCUUUUGUAGAAAAUUAUUACCUGUCCAUUUUUUACUAUGCUAUAAUACAUAUUUCUGACUUUUGAUGUGAUUUGCUUAUGCUACCCCUUUACUUCCUAAGAAGUCAUCAGAAUUCAGUAAUAUGUCUCCUUUACAAUUGCUUAUGUUUAAGAAACAACAACAAAAAAAUCAAGUUUUUAGUACAUGAAAGACUUAAGUUAAAUUUCUUAAGUUAAGAAAUACUGCAAAUCACCUGUCUUUCAAAGAAUGUGUAAAAACAGUAGGCCAACAGAAAGAGGUUUGCUAAUGAUAGCAGCAUGUAUUAGGUGACCAAUAAUAGUAUUGUUCUUAGAGGAGUUAAAGAAUGUGAAUUGCUAGAUUUGCUUUUGAUCCUGAUUUUUUUCACUAAAUUGGUAAUAAUUCUCAGUAUGCAGCUAGAGCUUAAGGCUUUGCUAAGCAAAAGUACAUUCCAUGCAUGGUGUACAAAGGAAAACACUAUGUCUGUAUAGCAUUAGGAGUCAUUCAAGAAAUCAAAAGAAGGAAGUAUAUUUUAAGCCUCUGGCAGGCUGAACAAAGAAGAGAAAUACUAACCUUCAAGAGAUUUCAAAAGAUGGGGAUAGGCAACUUGUAAAUGCCACCAGGAAUAAAAAAUAAAUAAAAGAAUAAAAAUAAAAUAAAAAAUAAAAAAAAUGUUAAAAAAUAAAUAAAAUAAAAAAAAAUGGUUCCUCAUUAUAAGACAGUAGAUGGGGGAAAGAGGAAAGGUACAGCUUAUUGCUCUGGCUUUGUGUCCUUUUUCUAGCUUGGAUUAUUUUCUAGGGCCCUAUGUAGAAAUAGGAACAAGUUACAGAACCCUGGUCUGAGUUCCAGAUUUAAGGUGCUUAAAAUUUCUUUAUGAAUUACCUAAAACUUACCAGAUCAAGAGAUGUCCAUUAUUGCUAAUGCAAGUAAGAAACAGAGACUGAAAAUAACACAGCAUCUGGAAUGUUUAUUACCCCUAUACUUGACUGUUACCAUGGGAUUGAGAUGUAGUGAAGUCUGGCUACAUUACACUUUUAUUUCUAUUAAGUUGACUUUUCUAUUGUCCACAGCAUUUUUGCUCUUUAAAGUGUGUUUGUGAUAGUACUGAGUGAUAAUUUUUAAGGGCUAUGCAUGACCAAAAUAUGUGUAGUCUAGAACAGUUUGUCUGUUACAUUGGAGUUAGUGUCCAAAUAAAACAAAGAAUGAGCAUGCUGUAGCAUCUCACCUGCAUUUGAGGUGGAACUGUCAGCAACCAAAUAUAAGGAAUGGUGAAUGCUUGGAUUUCUGAAGGGAUUUUUUUCUUGGAGCUAGCAAAGCAAAUAUAUACCCAGGAAGAUAUAGUACUUGAAAAACUUGAUGGCCUCAGUGUAAACCUCCUUGCCAGCAUACUGGACGUAUUUUCUUAGUACUACAUUUCCAAGUAGCCCAAAGAUAUUUUCAAGAGCAGUGGGAAGCAUUCUUGUUAGUUUGUAUGUUUUUAAGUAUUACAUAAAGUUUGUGCCUUAAUUUGCUAGUAUGCUAGUGCAAAUGUAAGUGCACUAAGAUUUAAGAACUGCACCACAAAAGUACAGAAAAAUCCCUGUCCCAACCCCAUGAUUAAUUCAAUUGCAGGACAUUAUGCAUGCAUCACUAAAGUCUGCAAGUAAGGAUAACGUCUUCUCUGUCAACAUUCAUUGCUUCUCUGGAGAGUUGAUAUUCUUCUUCUAUGAAGAGAAUUAUUUCUUUGCUAUAUAACCUUCCCAGGAAAAAAAAAAGUAUUUUUAAAAUAAAAUACUUUUUUAUUUGUCUUAAAUUAGCUGGUGACCAUCCUAACUAUCACAUACAGAUGAGAAAUACAUUCAUAUUUUGUUCCGAAAUGGUUAACAUUUGUAAUUCAUAUCACACUUCCAUUUAAAUUUAAAGUCUUUUUAAAACAUGGGGUUUAUAUAGCAGCAAGAAGAUGCAUUAUUACUGCUGAAGUAAGCAUCAGUUCAGUUAAAAAAUAAUCACUCUUUGGGAGAAUACCAGAAAGAGGUUAAAGGUAUAAAAUAAAUUUAAACACAUUAUGUGUUCUGGUUUUUGUUUCUUUUUUUUUUUUUUUUCUUUUUCCUUGUAAUUAAUUUGGCAGCGUUUGUAGCAGAAUUUGUUCAUCAUGUCUCAGUUAUAAUUUUUGCGAUUAUAUACUUUAGGAAGUGAAAUCCAUAACUGUGGAAAAAUUUUCAAGUUUCUGCAAACUUCUUGCAGGGCAAUUUCCAAACUAUGAUAUUUAAGACAGACAUGGUAUUUAGGAACCAAAGCUGCCAUAUGUGCUUUCUGUGAACUUUUGAUGACCGAAGUCUUGCAUUAUUCAGAGUUUACCAAGGUACUGAUCAUUUAGCUUGUGUGCUUGGUUUGCUCUAGAGAAUGUACAAAAAACAGGUUAGUCUGUUUUGGAAGCAUAGUAUUUCAAGUAGGUUCUUACACCUGCACUCAGUCCCAACCAGGCAGAGUCUGAGGGAGCUCUGAACAGUGUGCGCUGCUUAAUGGGAGGGACUCCAAAUACUGUUAAGGGUCUGCUACACAAGAUGGAACUUAACAGGUUAUCUGUUAUUUUCAUCUGUUUUUCUGAGGAAUUGCAUUAAUUUUUUUGUUUGUUUUGUUUUGUUUUUUAUUGUUCUGAAGACAUGCUUAUUUUAAGUAGUUUUAGCAGAAAUUGAGCCCAGACGUAAGCUUCAGAGUUCAGUCAUCAAUGAAAUCAUGAGGAUUCCUAAGCAUUUCAAUUCUAUGGGAAGUAAAAUAUUGAAAAGCAUCGUGUCUGAAAACAAACUUUACUUCAGCAGAGGUAUGAUCUUUCAAAAUCAGAACUCCACCAAGAUGUUCUCCUUGAAGUGUACGGUUUCUUUAGUUUCUAACAAAAGCAAUGAAGUAGUUUUUCAUUUAACAUCUAAAGUUAUGUUGCAUUUCUUCCUCUCAACUUCAGCAAAGAUCUGCCAUUUUAUUGAGUUACUUAAUAUUUUAAAGUCGGUUUUGGAAAGCAUAUCACCAGAAGGCUAUCAGUAAGAAGUGCAGUUUGAAAAGUAAGUCUUAUCCUAUUUAUGUGAGUGAAAUAGAAAACUAGUUGAGGAAAUAAUAGGUUGUUUUUUAAUACAUAUUUUUAAUCACCUGCUGUACUUACUCACAUCCUAGGAGCACGUCAGUAAAGAUUCCUAUGAAGUUAUAUAUUUGUUAUCUGUUACAGCUAUUUUAACCAUUCUGUUAUGUCUUUUGCACCCAUUACAAAGAUACUAACAACAACAAAAAGCAUACCAAAACAACAAGACAAAAAAAAAAAAACACUUCUUCUGACAUUACACAGAGUAACCAAAGCUCAGAAGCAUUUGAAAAUGUCUCCUCCCUCCCCAGCUUUUCCCAGAUGUGAGGCUGCAUGGAUAGUAACAACAGUGAUUAACUGGUAGGCCAGUUUCCAUUAUUCUAACUGUCAUGUCCUCUAAAUGGCAGUUCUGCUGAUGCACUUUCAACCGUGAACUAUUUGAAGAGACGAGUUAGUGUGUGAAUAGUCAUCACAUAUGAUAUUUGAGAGCAGUAGUUCUCAAAAUGGCUGGUUGUCAGAAGUAGUGAUAACUCAUUUUAAAGAUGGAAUAAAAAGAAAGAGGCUAAUUGGGAACAUACACUUUUUGUAACAGCUGUCCUGUUAGUAGGUGACAGAAAUGUUUGGUAUGCCUGUGCAUUUGUAACAUUUUUAUGACUAAGCAUAAAGUAGUUUACUAUUAAAAUAAGAGUUCACCAAUUAUUUUCUUUUUCCUAAUGCAAAAAAGGACGUGUGAUAUUUGUUGGAGGCAUUCUUGCUAGGCAAGUUAGGAUAAUGUGGAGGGAAGAAUACAGAGGGAGGAAUACCUCUUCUACCAAACAAGGUACUUUUUGUCUUCUCAGAAUUAUCAGGAAUAAAAAAAUAAUAAUUAGUAAUUAGAAGGUCCAAGGGAUGUUCAGUAUUCCUGAAGUUCCAAACAACCUGGUAAAUCUGGAAUGUCAGCUCUAUUAAAAGAGUUCUCUUCUAUUUUCCUUCUGCAGAAAUUACUACAAAAAAUUGAGUUCUUGAACAUUCAGCAGUAACAGUGUAUAAGGAAAAAUGCAUCAACCUCAAAACCUAUCCACUUUACAUAGAAAUAGCAUCAGUAAGGAAUAUUAUUUGUAGUCUUAUACUAGAAUUCUCCCAGGAUAAUGUUCCCUCCUUAAAGGAUACAAAAUUAAAAAUAAAAAGCUUAAAAAUCAGAAAGUUUCCAGCUGAAAACACAAGAAUCCAGUGUCAAAUUCUGAAUGCUCAUUCUAGUACUGCCACUGAUUCUUCACUGGAACAGAUAAUGCAUCUGUGAUUUCUAGCUCUGUCCAUUUUUCAGCCUUGCAUAUUUGUGGAUUAUUAACACCCAACUUCACUAGCAGAGCCAGAAAGUGAAGACUGCUUCAAUGAAAAGCACAGCAAGUUAAGCUUCCCAUACUUACAAAAAAAAAAAAGGGGGGGGGGGGAGGGGGUUGGGAUGAACAGGGCUCGCAAAUACAGUUGACUGAGGUCAUAGAGUAAAAACAUAGAGGUGCCAUUACAUCCUUUUUUCUUCUGUCAUCAUAUUUACAAAGUUCAAUGCUUUGUAAAUAGAACUUGCAAUAAUUGGCUUUGUGUUUAGGCAUAAAGAUGAACUGUGAACCAAUAUAGUAAUAUAGGACUCACAAAGCUACCUGCAGGAAGGCUUGGAAAAAGUGUUCCUAACUUGCAACUAUUUGGAAUUGCCAUCUAGUUUAGAACUACAGAAAUUUGUACUACGUAAUCAAGUAUGUAACUGAAGUUUUGUAGUGCAUAAUCAAGAUCAAGUAUGAAGCUGAAGUUUUGUUAGUAGGGUAGGAGAGACAGCACAUGCUUCUCCAUGCUUCCCUUCAUAAAUUUAAGGCAAUUCUGCUUUUUAAAAGCAAACAAACAAACAAAAACAGAUUGGUCAUAGAUUUCUUCUAGAUUACAGAUGUUGAAAGUAUUGGAAACAAUUUUUCACCACUUAAAAAAAAGAAAUGUACAUUAUUAUUUUCAUAUAUAGUCAGCUCAGUCUUUCCCAAUAUACGAAGAAUUCUGUAAUUAUUAAAUGUAGUAAAAAUAUGAAACACUUUUCUUACUGGUAUGUAAACUAGUUCACUCAGAUCCUGUGCUUCAAUUAUUAAAGAAUCUAUCUGCUCUUCACAAAGAGGUGCAAGAGGUUAAUAAUUCUGUCUGAGCUCUGCUGUAAUAAUCUAGCCGUUUGCAUCUCCAAACUGUUUCUUAAUUCUGAUGAUGCCAUGUAGCACACAUGGUGCCUUUUCACUUACUACAAGAAAGUGACUGUUGUAACAGAAAAGUUCAAAUAUAUCCCUGUUUUUGCUUGACUCAAAAAUAUUAUAUUGAUGUUGUACCUUGAUUCCCGUGGCAAUGUGUUGGUAUGCAAAUUGAAGUAACUGUGAAGGUGAAGCACAUUGUUCAAAUCAUGUUUCUAAUCAAGUUACAAACCCUGGAUGUAUCAUGAAUUGUACAUAUCAUAAAAGACA